AUGGCAAUUGCACAAGAUGGAAACUCGAACAUACUCCCAAUUGCAUUUGGACUAGUCGAGGGUGAGAACACUGAGUCAUGGAAGUUCUUCCUUACUCACCUUCGCCAACAUGUGACCCCGCAGCCGGGCAUUCUUGUUAUAUCUGACCGCCACAAUGCAAUCAAGGCUGCGUUAGUCGCAGAAGACGGUGGGUGGCUCCCACCGGCCGCCUAUCGUGCAUAUUGUGCCAGGCACAUAGCUGCUAAUUUUGCGCUUAAUUUUAAAUCCAAGGAUGCACGGAAGAUUCUGGUGAACGCAGCCUACGCAAAGUCCAAACAGGAGCAUCAAUAUUACAUGGAUAUCUUGAGGUCCGAAGACCCGGCUAUGGUUGAGUGGUGUAACCGGAUUGGGUUAGGGUUAUGGACCCAAUAUCGGGAUGGUGGGCGUCGGUACGGUCACAUGACAACCAACAUAUCUGAGUGCAUCAAUGCCGUCUUGAAGGGUACACGGAACUUACCGGUGGGGUCACUCGUGAAGUCAACAUAUGGGCGAUUGGCUGAGCUCUUUGUUAGGAAAGGAAAGGAAGCCGAGAUGCAACUCGGGGCAAGGCAGGAAUUUUCGCAGGUGCUUAUGAGGGCGAUUGAGAAGAACCAACAAGCCUCCAGAAACAUGCGGGUUGAGCUAUAUGAUAGAGGGAACACAGAGUUUGUUGUAGACGAGAUUGGUCCGACGGGAGGGAGAAUCGCUCUGACAGCAUGUAGGGUAUCGCUAUCGGCCCGGACAUGUGACUGUGGCUAUUUUCAGGCCCUCCAUUACCCAUGCCGUCAUGUGCUUGCAGCUUGUUCGUAUUGCAGACUGGAUUGGAGGACUUACGUGGAUGACGUGUAUCGCUUGACAACCAUCUUCAAUGUUUAUAAGAUUGGUUUCUCCCCUCCGAUGGCAGAUGACUUGCUUCCCUUGUACGAGGGUCCUCGAGUUACCCCAGACCCCGGCAUGAUGCGAGCGACUGUGGGUCGUCCUAGAGCUACACGGAUAAGAAACAGUAUGGAUGAGCCCGAACCGGACAGGACGAAGAGAUGUGGUAUGUGUAGGGUUCCAGGUCAUACUAGGAGACAGCGUCCCCUGCGCGCAGGUGCAUCCGGUCAUCAUGAAGGGAGCAAUGCGUAG